UUGUGAAGUUUCAUGUGCUGGUAGCUCAGUGUCCUCUCCAUCUUCACGCCGUCUGCAGCUUUGGACGAGUUGCCGUCUCUUCCCUCCCCUCACCUGUCAGGAUGUUCAUGCACUGGGAGGUUUUUUAUUACAUUUUCAUUCUCCUGACUCACAUGAGGUCCACCUGCUGCUGGUCAGUGAAUAAUUUCUUGAUGACUGGACCCAAGGCAUACCUGAUCUACUCAAGCAGCGUGGCAGCAGGAGCUCAGAGUGGCAUAGAGGAGUGCAAAUACCAGUUUGCAUGGGACCGCUGGAACUGCCCCGAGCGAGCUCUGCAGCUAUCCACGCACAGCAGCCUGCGCAGUGCAAAUCGAGAGACAGCGUUUGUCCACGCCAUCAGCUCGGCUGGCGUUAUGUACACCCUAACCCGGAACUGCAGCCUUGGAGACUUUGAUAACUGCGGCUGUGAUGACAGCAGAAAUGGACAACGAGGUGGUCACGGGUGGCUCUGGGGUGGCUGCAGUGACAAUGUUGGCUUUGGUGAGGCCAUCUCCAAACAGUUUGUUGAUGCCUUAGAGACUGGACAGGAUGCACGGGCAGCCAUGAAUCUCCAUAACAAUGAGGCUGGGCGCAAGGCUGUGAAGGGAACCAUGCAGAGGACAUGCAAGUGCCAUGGCGUGUCAGGAAGCUGCACAACUCAGACCUGCUGGCUGCAGCUGCCAGAGUUCAGAGAGGUGGGGAACUACUUGAAGGAGAAGUACCACAGGGCGCUGAAAGUAGACCUUCUGAGAGGAGCGGGGAACAGCGCGGCCAGCAAGGGGGCCAUCGCCGAGACCUUUAGUUCCAUCUCCCGUAAGGAGCUGGUCCACCUCGAGGACUCUCCUGAUUACUGCCUGGAAAAUCGCACUCUGGGUUUGCCUGGCACUGAGGGCCGCGAGUGCCUAAAGAAAGGCAAGAACUUGAGCAAAUGGGAGAAGCGAAGCUGCAAGAGACUAUGUGGGGAGUGCGGCCUGGCUGUGGAGGAGCGUAAGGCUGAGAUGGUGUCGAGCUGUAAUUGUAAAUUUCACUGGUGCUGUGCAGUAAAGUGUGAGCAGUGCAGAAAGACGGUGACCAAGUACUUUUGUGUGAAAAAAGGAGGUCAGAGGGGAAGAAGCGAGAGCGCCGGUAGCCGCAGGAAGAACCUCAGACUGAGGAAGAAGCACUGAGGAUCUUAAUGAUUUCUUGCAGCUCCCCGGCAGAUUCUUUUUUAGAUAGUUUGUUUUGGAUAAAAGGACGAUCUCAGACCGUCGUCAGUGUCCACAGUGUUUUAAAAGUAAACACAACGGCCACAAGGUAGAGGAGAUGAGAAGGGUUUUUAACAAAUUUAUAGAUGGUUAGGAAUAAAUGUAUUUAAGAUAUAUUUUUUAUAUUUUUUUACAACAUCUUGAAAAGUCACUUGGCAUUUGAAGAGUUUUUAUCUGCUUUCAAAAUUCUCCACAACUUCAUGUAUUUAUUUUCAUGCAGAUACACAAUCUUGGUGGAUGUGGCUAUUGUG